AUGGAGAAACUUGCCACACUUUUACUGCAUGCAACGGUCCCUGAUACUGGUCCGCAUGAUUAUUCGGCUUCCUGCGUAGUUGAGUUUAAGACCUAUGCCACUCCAAAUACCGAAAAAGAGCAACAGUCGUUUCACAGAAGAAUUCGCAAUGCUCUUGGAGAAUUGGUGACAUUGAUUCGGCAUCACUAUCCUGGUAUUCUCGGGAAAGCUUACAUUAUCAACCCUUGUGAUAAAUACCUUGCAUACCUCGAUAUCGAAGAAGCUCUGCUGAAGAAUACAGUACUGUUGGAGAAUUCCGAAAAACUUGCUCGUUUCCUUGGGUCACAAGUACCAUCUCGUUAUGGGGGCACUGGCAAAUCAUUUGUGGAAUCUGACCUUCUCCAUUGUUAUCGACCAACGGAAAAUCUGGAAGAAAGCGCCUGUCUCCGAACUCCAGAUAACAGUGCGAUUACACAAAUUGAGACGACUGGGGUAGAAAAAGAGACUACCACAGCCUCUCCUACGACUACCAGUAGCAACAGUACCCAAACCGCAGAAGAAAAUGGAGAAGAACAGAUCCGCUUGAUUUACUCAGAAACCGUUGGACCUCCGACCAUCAUACUUGACCCCGACGAUUUGCAGACAGCAGAGAGCCUUUGUCCCGGCAAAAUGGGUGCACGUGUCGUUUUUGCGGAUUCAGAUAUGGUCGUGAAAUUUGGUCAUGGCGUUCGUUUAGCCGAAGCCGAGGCAUUACAUCUGGCAUCUACUCGUACAACUAUAGCUGUACCGAAGCUUCUCAGUGCAUAUAUCCUUGACGGUGUUGGGUACAUCAUAAUGUCAUAUGAGGCGGGCGAAUCACUCGAAAAAUACUGGGACCGGACUUCUCUGGCUGAUCACAGUCGCGUGCUGGACAUUCUACGGGACUACGUAAGGCAGAUUCGAGAGAUUCCAGGAGAUUUCAUCGGUGCACUCGACAGAUCACCCUGUCGCGACGGCAUUUUCGAAGCCGGUUAUGGCGACUACACCCGAUACUCCUAUGGCCCAUACCCAUCUGAGGAAAGCUUUAACGAAGGAAUCAUUCAAGCGCUACGUGAUCGACUGGCCCCAAAAGUGCUAGAACGUGAAGAUGACUUUGAGUCAAACUUCUUCAACAGCGAGUACAUGCUCUAUCAAACCGUGCGAGGUCUUCAAAACCACAAGAUCGUCUUUACUCACGGGGAUUUGCAUCCGGGAAAUAUCAUUGUCCGCGCUGAUGGUACUGUUGUCUUGCUAGACUGGGGGCUGGCUGGGUUCUGGCCGGAGUAUUGGGAGUUUUAUCGUGCCAUGAAUAACAUACCGUGGCGCGCGUCAUGGGAUCGCAUGGUAGAAAAGUUCAUUCCGCCCUUUUAUAUUGAGUUCAGUGUGAUGAAAAGAGUUUUGGCGACGGCGUGGAAUUGA